UGCCCUAAUUCUUUCUAUAAUAUCUAGUGUUCAAUCCGUCGCAGCAUGAAGUUUGGCUGAGUUAGACCUAUUAGUUUGCUGUUAUAUUGUGUAACUAAUCAACUUGUAAUUAGUUGGCAACUGGUUGAGUUGUAACUAGUAGUUUGUUUGUGUAGUUAGUUGUUGAUAACUUUACAACUUGUCCCUUGAAGUUGACAUCAGAUAUGACGGAAAUAAUAUUAAUUCUCUGAGUUAGAGAAUUGUUUCUGGGUGUGUCCGAUUGUAAGCAGUUGUCGGAGGAGGGGUGUCGAAGUUCUGUACAUUCCGAGGCAUGUUAGAUGUUCGAUGAAAUGCCUGAUCAAGAUUUCAUUUAUCUCUACGCUAUCCAUGUAAACGUUAACCGUAGGAUGUGGUACUCUGAGGAGGCCUGUCUUCUCAACACUACCAGAAACUCUUGCUUGAUUCUUCAAUCAUGGGCAAAGCUUCGAGAGAUAAGAGGGAUAUAUACUACCGUAAAGCGAAAGAAGAAGGUUGGCGUGCUCGAAGUGCAUUUAAACUUCUUCAGAUAGACGACGAAUUUAACAUAUUUGAAGGAGUCAAGAGAGUGGUGGAUUUAUGUGCAGCCCCCGGUAGCUGGAGCCAGGUCCUUAGUAGGAAAUUGUAUCUCCCAGCAAAGCUUUCUCCUGAUUCGAAGGAUGGCGAUCAUCCUCUUAUUGUUGCUAUUGAUUUACAACCGAUGGCUCCAAUUGAAGGUGUUAUUCAAGUGCAGGGUGAUAUAACAAAUGCUAGGACAGCUGAAGUGGUCAUUAGGCAUUUUGAUGGGUGCAAGGCUGACCUGGUUGUUUGUGAUGGUGCACCUGAUGUUACUGGUCUUCAUGACAUGGACGAGUUUGUUCAGUCCCAGCUCAUACUAGCUGGUUUAACAAUAGUUACUCACGUUCUCAGAGAAGGUGGUAAGUUCAUAGCAAAGAUAUUCCGUGGAAAGGAUACCAGCCUUUUGUAUUGUCAGCUGAAGUUAUUUUUCCCUGUAGUGACUUUUGCAAAACCAAAAAGCAGUCGCAAUUCCAGUAUAGAGGCAUUUGCAGUCUGUGAAAACUAUUCUCCUCCCGAAGGUUUCAACCCAAAAGAUCUACAUCGCCUGCUGGAAAAGGUGGGAAGUCCAUCAGGAGGAGAUGACUUAGAUUGCAGUAGUGGGUGGCUGGAAGGUCCCAAUAAAGUUUACAUCCCAUUUCUUGCAUGUGGGGACCUCAGUGGAUAUGACUCCGACCGUUCAUACCCACUGCCCAGAGGUGCCGAGGGAACUUAUCGGAGCUUAGAUCCUGUGCAGCCUCCUAUCGCCCCACCUUACAAGAGGGCUCUUGAAAUGAAGAAAGCUUCCAGUCAAGGAAUUCGAGAACUUGAAAAACUCUCCUCGGAUUCCUGAUUAUGCUGUUCAAUGUUAGAUAACCACAACAAAGUGGCUUCGGAUGGACCGGUAAUUUUUAGAAACAGCAAUCAUUUCUCCCCCCUCCCCUCUCUCUCUCUCUCUCUCGUUUAAUGUGAUGAUUACUCUGUCCUCUUUAUGUAAUUUUAUUUUGUUGUGGAUCUUGAUUUUGAUUCUUUUAGUUUGAAAAUAUAAUGAUUAUGGAGAUGUAUUAUGAUUAGCCCGAGA